AUGGGGCUAAGAGCGGCCAGCCUCCUCCUCCUCUGGCUGGCUCUUUCUUCUGCUAAUGAAAUAAAAAAAGGAAGGACAAGAAGCCAUGGCCACUAUGUCUGCAGCACUUGGGGAAACAACCAUUUCAAAACUUUUGAUGGAGACAUCUACCAAUUCCCUGGCUUUUGCGAGUAUAAUUUUGUUUCUGACUGCCGAGAGGCUUACAAGGAAUUCUCUGUCCACAUCCAGCGUGCUCUCAACAGCAAUGGCCAUCCUGAGAUCCAGUAUAUUCUGGUGAAAAUCAAGGAUAUAAUGGUCUACCUCAAACCCAACCUGGUUGUGGUGGAUGGGCGGAUUGUGAAGACACCGUACUACACCUCUGGUGUCCUCAUUGAGAGCAAUGAAAUUUACACCAAGAUUUAUGCCAAAUUAGGCUUGGUUCUGAUGUGGAACCAGCAGGAUGCCCUGAUGGUGGAGCUGGACAACAAAUUUAAUAACCAUACCUGUGGUCUCUGUGGGGAUUACAAUGGCAUUCAAAUCUACAAUGAGUUCAUCAAGGGAGAUGCAAGCUACAACUCAAUUACAUAUGGGAAUAUGCAGAAGAUCAGCAAACCCAAUGCCAAAUGUGAAGAUCCAGAUGAAACGCAGGCUCUUCCAAGCUGUAAUGAGCAUCGUGACGAGUGUCAGAGGUUGCUGACUUCCCCUGCGUUUGCUGAUUGUCGGCUGCGUCUUAAUUUGGAAAUGUACAUCCAAGCCUGCAUGCAGGACAAGUGUGCCUGUAAUGGGAAGGACGACUCCUUCUGCCUCUGCAGCACCAUCUCUGAGUAUUCCCGCCAGUGCUCGCACGCAGGCGGCCGCCCAGGAGAAUGGAGGACGCAGAACUUCUGCCCCAAAACCUGUCCUGCUACCAUGGUCUAUAGAGAAAGCAGCUCACCAUGCAUGGAUACUUGCUCACACUUGCAAAUCAGCAGCCUUUGUGAGGAGCACUACAUGGAUGGCUGUUUCUGCCCUGAAGGAACUGUGUAUGAUGAUAUCAGUGAAAAAGGCUGCAUCCCUGUUAGCCAGUGCCACUGCAAACAUGGUGGAAAGGCAUAUGCACCUGGAGAAAGCAUUUCCAAAGAAUGUGAAGAAUGCACCUGUAAUUCAGGCAGAUGGACCUGCAAAGAUCUACCCUGUCCAGGCACAUGCUCAGUGCAAGGAGGUUCCCAUUUUACCACCUUUGAUGGGAAGAAAUACACCUUCCAUGGAGACUGCUACUAUGUGUUGGCCAAGGGUACUGCAAAUGAGAGUUAUGCUCUCCUGGCAGAGCUGGCUCCCUGUGGCUCCACAGACAAACAGACCUGCUUGAAGACUGUUGUGCUGUUAGUGGAUAACAAAAAGAAUGUGGUGGUUUUCAGAUCGGAUGGCAGCGUGCUCCUGAAUGAGAUGACAGUGAAUGUGCCUCAUGUGUCAAGCAGCUUCUCAGUAUUCAAGCCAUCUUCCAACUACUUUAUUGUACAAACUCCUUUUGGGCUUCAGAUGCAGAUCCAACUGUUUCGAGUCAUGCAGCUGUUUGUGACUGUAGAUCAAUCAGUUAAAGGAAAAAUUCAAGGUCUUUGUGGAAACUUCAAUGGAAUGGAAGGUGAUGACUUCAGAACAACCAGCGGGCUGAUUGAGGCUACAGGAUCUGCCUUUGCUAACACAUGGAAAGCUCAGUCCACCUGCACAGACCAGGUAGAAAAGCUGGAAGACCCCUGCAGUCUCAGCAUUGAAAGUGCAAAUUAUGCUGAGCAUUGGUGUUCUUUGCUGAAAAACCCAAAGGGUCCUUUUGCAAGAUGUCACUCAGCUGUUGAUCCUUCAGAAUACUAUAAGAAAUGUAAAUAUGACACCUGCCUCUGUGAAGACAAUGAAGAAUGUUUGUGUGCUGCCCUGUCCUCUUACUCAAGAGCCUGUGCUUUCAAAGGGGUCAUACUGGGAGGCUGGAGAAAGAGUGUCUGCAGUAAUGAAGCGUCUUCUUGCCCAGGAAAUCAAGUCUUCCUUUACAACCUUACAAUGUGCCAGCAAACCUGUCGCUCCCUUGCUGAUGGUGAAAAGUAUUGCUUGCAAGACUUUGCUCCUGUGGACGGCUGUGGCUGCCCACCCAAUACAUACUUGGAUAACCAGGAUAACUGUGUGCCCAUCUCCCAGUGCCCAUGUUAUUACAAGGGAUCAUACCUGGAAUCUGGGGAAUAUUUCACAAAAGAUGGAGAACGCUGUGUUUGCCGAAAUGCAAAGAUCCAGUGCACUUCAGUGAAAAUAAGAAUGAAAAGUGAAAAAGAAUGUUCUUCUAGCAAGACAUACUUUGACUGCAAUGCAUCCUCGAAGUGGACUUCACAAACACCUCUACAGCUUAGCUGUCAUACUCCUCAAACUGAUCAUUUCCAGACAGAGUGUGUCUCAGGCUGUGUGUGCCCUGAAGGUCUGUAUGAUGAUGGCAGAGGGGGCUGUGUUGAACAAAACAAUUGCCCGUGCAUUCACAACAAUGAGUGGUAUUCUUCUGGAGACAAGAUAAAAGUGGACUGCAACACCUGCACCUGCCAGAAAGGGGUUUGGAAAUGCACUGAUGACAUUUGCUAUGGGACUUGCAUGAUAUAUGGAAGUGGCCAUUAUAACACUUUUGAUGGGAAAUUCUAUGACUUUGAUGGGAGCUGUGAAUAUGUGGCUACUCAGGACUUCUGUGGUGACAAAAAUUCCAGUGGCUCGUUCAGUAUCAUCACAGAGAAUGUCCCUUGUGGAACUACAGGAGUCACCUGCUCAAAGGCUAUCAAAAUGUUCCUAGGGAAAACUGAAUUAAAAUUGGAGAACAAAGAGUACAAAGAAAUUCAGCGAGAUGUUGGUGAUGAUGUGCAGUAUUGGAACAGGACAGUUGGCCUGUACCUGGUUAUUGAGGCUAGCAAUGGUGUGAUGCUGAUCUGGGACAAAAAGACUACCGUUUUCAUCAAGCUGAGCCCUGAUUACAAGGGCAAAGUGUGUGGUCUGUGUGGCAACUUUGAUGACAAGGCAAACAAUGACUUUACAACAAGGAGUGGACUGCUGGACAGUAAUCCUCUGAAUUUUGGAAAUUCCUGGAAACAAUCUCCCAUGUGCCCAGAUGUCACACAAGAGAUUAAGCCCUGUGAUCUGAAACCACACCGGAAGUCCUGGGCAGAGAAAGAAUGCAGUAUCAUCCAGAGCGAAGUCUUCAAAAUUUGUCACUCCAAGGUGGACCCACUUCCAUACUAUGAGGCUUGCGUUCAUGAUGCCUGCUCCUGUGACACUGGUGGGGACUGUGAGUGUUUCUGCUCUGCGGUUGCAGCGUAUGCCCAAGAGUGCAUCAAGGCUGAGGCCUGUGUUUUCUGGAGAACUCCUGAUAUCUGCCCAAUAUUCUGUGACUACUACAAUCCUCGUAAUGAGUGUGACUGGCACUACGAGCCUUGUGGCAGUAAUAUCACAACGUGCAGGAUGAUCAAUAAUGUCACCACCAACUUUACAAUACCACUGCUGGAAGGUUGCUACCCCAGAUGCCCUAAUGACAAGCCUAUUUAUAAUGAAGAGACAAAGCAAUGUGUGACUGAAGAUCAGUGUGGAUGUUACCUUGAAGAUGGAACCCAUGUACCUCUUUGGCAAGAAGUACCCUCAGAAAACUGUACAAUAUGUGUCUGUGUCCCGUCAGGAUCCAUAGAGUGUAAACCAGUCGCAGGAUGUCCUUGUGUCAUCAAUGGAACAAGUUAUGAAGUGGAUGCUACUGUGGGAGUAGUACAGGAUGGAGACACAUGUAUAAGAUACGUUUGUGCAGAAAAUGGCUCUGUAGUUCCUGCUGAAGUCUAUCCUUGUCCAGCAUCUUCACCUACAACCAUUUCAACCUUCUCCCCUUACACUACUCUUACCACCACCACCACCACAGCAUCCACUACAAGCCGUCCAGUAACUACAACUCCAUGCAUAAUCACAGAACUAAUCUGUGACUGGACUGAGUGGUUUGAUGUUAGUAAACCUGAAGAAGGUGGUGGUGACUAUGAAACAUAUGAUGAAAUAAGAAAGCAUGGACACAAAAUAUGUACAGCUCCUGAAGAAAUUGAAUGCAGGGCUAAGGAUAAACCUGAUUUGACCUUAGAACAACUUGGUCAGAAAGUAGAGUGUAAUGUUAAAUAUGGGCUAAUCUGUAAAAAUGAUGAGCAAGAUAUAACUAUGUGGCCACUUUGCUAUAAUUAUGAAAUCAGAGUAAACUGUUGUGAAUGGCAACAAAUUCCUUGUGAGCCUACAAUUACACCUACUAUACCACAAACUUCAACCACCACCCAGACAACAAUAACCAGCAGUACUACAACCAGGACUUCAACAGAAAUUACCACCACGCCCAUACACAUCCAUUCCACAACAUCUCCACCCACACCAAGCACACCAAAAUCAACAACCAUGACCUUGCCGACGGAGACUCCUACCACCACCAGCACCCCGACAACAACAACCACUGGACCACCAACACCCACCUCAACUACUUCAAGCACAUCCUCACCAACACCAACAUACACCACCACCACAACAACUCCAGGCACACCCAGCACGGCAUCUUCUACAUCAGAAUUGACACGCACAACUACACCCACACCAAGCACACCAAUAUCGAUAAUCACUACCUCGCCCUCAGAGACUACCACCACUAGCACCAGCCCUCCAAGCACAACAGCAACAACCACAACAACGGUUACUGGAUCACCAACAACUAUCUCAACUCCUGGAAGCACACCUCCAUCCACACCAAGCACAACAUCCAGUACAUCAGAAUCGCCAACCUCUCACUUGCCAUCAGAGACUCCCACCACCACUGCCAGCACCACGAUGCCCCCCAGCAGCACCACCAGCAUCAGCACUCCGAGCACAACAACUGUUACUGAAUCAUCAACACCCACGUCAACUACUCCAAGCACAUCCACGCCCACACCAACAUACACCACCACCACAACUUCAGGCACAACUACACCCACACCAAGCACAACAAAAUCAACAACCACUACCCUGCCACCGGAGACUACCACCUCCACCACCAGCCCUCCAAGCACAACAACCACUGUUCCUGAAUCAACAACAACCAUCUCAACUCCUCAAACCCCACCUACAAGCACACCAGGUACACCAACUACUCCCACUCCAACAGCAUCUGAAACUCCCAACAUCACUUCCAGCACCACAAUGCCUCCCAGCAGCACCACCAGCAUCAGCACCCCUAGGACAACAACAACAACUGUUACUGGCUCAUCAACAACCUUCUCAACUACUUCAAGCACAUCCACACCCAUAUCGAGAUAUACAACCACCGUACCAACUCCAGGCACAACUACACCCACACCAAGCACAUCAUCCACUACACCAGAACUGCCCACCACAUCACCAGAGACUCCCAGCACCACAACCACCACCAGCAGCAGCAGCUCUCCGCGUACAACCACAACUCCUACUGGUUCACCAACACCCACCUCAACUACUUCAAGCACCUCCUCUCCCACACCAACCUACACCAUCACCCUAUCAACUCCAGGCACAACUACACCCACACCAAGCACAACAAAAUCAACAACCACUACCCCGCCACCGGAGACUACUACCUCCACCACCAGCCCUCCAAGCACAACAACCACUGUUCCUGAAUCAACAACAACCAUCUCAACUCCUCAAAGCACAACUCCAUCCACACCAAACACACCAAUAUUGACAAGCACUACCUCACUGCCGGAGACUACCACCACCACCAGCACCCCGAUGAGCACAACCACUGUUACUGGACCACCAACAUCCACCCCAACUACUUCAAGCACAUCCUCACCAACACCAACAUACACCACCACCACACCAACUCCAGGCACAUCUCCAUCCACCCUGAGCACACCAAUAUUGACAACCACUACCUCACUGCCAGAGACUACCACCUCCACCACCAGCCCUCCAAGCACAGCAACCACUGUUCCAACUACCGGCACUGUUCCAAUUAACACCAGAAACCCGACGAUGCCACCCACUGAAGCAAUAAAGACAUCUGAACCAGAGACAACGCCAAACACUCUAGUUACUCCUUCAACUACCACACUGCAGACAACAAGAACGACUGAAAUAAGUACAGUGUCUACUGCAAGCACCACUAGCCAACAGUCAACAUCACCAGUGUCAACAAGCCCAGUGACAACUACCACCUCUGAAGUCAUUGGAACAGAGUCAACCACCAAGACCACCACUUCUGGCCCUACGCCCUCAAGAUCCAGCAGCACCACACCAGUAACAGAAACACCUAUCCAUGAGACCACUACCACCAGGACCACAAGCCCUCCAAUAGGAUUACCAACCACUUCCACCCCUGGCACCAUCACAACCUCUGGACCAAGCAGCCCUACAGGAACACAACCAGUGUCAACAACCCCAUUCAUUGGAACAGAGUCAACCACCAAGACCACCACUUCUGGCCCUACGCCCUCAAGAUCCAGCAGCACCACACCAGUAACAGAAACACCUAUCCAUGAGACCACUACCACCAGGACCACAAGCCCUCCAAUAGGAUUACCAACCACUUCCACCCCUGGCACCAUCACAACCUCUGGACCAAGCAGCCCUACAGGAACACAACCAGUGUCAACAACCCCAUUCAUUGGAACAGAGUCAACCACCAAGACCACCACUUCAGGCCCCACACCCUCAGUGUCCACUCCACCCACCACCACAGUAGGAACAGAAAGAAGUACCCCAACGACAACCUCUGCAACUGUUACUACUCCAACAACAUCACCUACAUCAACCAGCCCCGUGUCAACCACCACCUCUGGUACAACCCCAACACAAAGCUUUACCACCACUUCAGGAACCACCUCUAGUAGUUUUAUCACAAUCAACGCAACAACCACCAUGUCCACCACCUUCAAAACCUUUCCUGUCUCAACUACUACAUCUGGGCCUACUACAACAUCAACUUCAGUCACCACUACAGGCAGCUCUACACACAGUUCAACUCCUCCAGUUAAUGUCUCUAGUUCAACUACAGCUCUAACACCAACCACUGCUAAAAAAACUUGUAGUAUUUUCCCUAAUGAAACUCAUGAGGAAGGUGACUCAUGGAUACUCUGUAACUGCACUAAGGUUAUAUGUAUAGAAGACAACAUUUUCCAUGUGAUUCCAAUAAUCUGCAAUCCACCCCCGAAACCCACAUGUGCCAAUGGACUGUCUCCUGUGCCAGUCAUGGAUGAGGAUGGAUGCUGCUGGCACUGGGAGUGUGAUUGCUACUGCACUGGCUGGGGAGAUCCACAUUACAUGACUUUUGAUGGACUGUACUACAGCUAUCAGGGGAAUUGUACAUAUGUCCUUGUGGAAGAGAUCAAUAAGAAAGUUGACAACUUUGGUGUCUACAUUGAUAACUACCAUUGUGAUACACGGGAUGUAGUAUCAUGUCCUCGAACGCUCAUUGUGAGACACGAGACUCAGGAAGUGAGACUAACAACAGCACAACCAAAUACUCUACAAGUAGAGGUGACAGUAAACAACCAGCUUGUGGCUUUGCCUUAUAAGAAGUUUGGUGUGAGCGUCUAUGAGUCAGGCAUAAAUCGUGUUGUGGAAAUUCCUGAGCUGAAAAUGAACGUGACCUACAAUGGCUUGUCCUUUUCUAUCAGAAUGCCCUACAGCCUGUUUGGCAACAAUACCCAGGGACAGUGUGGUACUUGCAAUAACAACACGGCAGAUGACUGCAUGCUGCCAAAUGGAAACAUUGCAGAAAACUGUGAAACCAUGGCAGAUCAUUGGCAAGUUGUUGAUCCUUCUAAACCACAGUGCUCUCCAGGCCUAGUUCCUACAGGUUCACCUAGCACAACACCAGCACAGCCUUGCAAAGAAUCUUCCAUCUGUGAGCUACUUUUGGGAAGUGUGUUCAAGCCAUGCCAUGCAUUUGUCCAGCCUGAGAAGUACUAUGCAGCAUGUGUUUUUGAUAGCUGUGUACUUCCCAACCUAGACCUGGAAUGCUCAAGUCUGCAGAUCUAUGCUGCCACCUGUGCUGACCAAGGUGCAUGCAUUGACUGGAGAAAGCACACCAAUGGUGUAUGCUGCACUUACGAAUGUCCUUCAGGUAAAGAAUACAGAGCAUGUGGUCCUAUUAAACAGAUGACCUGUAAGUCAAGAGGACAGAAUGAGACAUCAACUAAACAAGCAGAAGGCUGUUUCUGUCCUAAUGGAACCAUGCUGUAUGAUUCUGGUGUGGAUGUCUGCGUGAAAACCUGUGGUUGUGUUGGAGUGGAUAUGAUACCAAGAGAGUUUGGGGAAAAGUUUACAGUGGACUGUCAGGACUGUAUUUGCCUGGAAGGUGAACAUGGUAUUGUAUGUGAACCUCAUGUAUGUGACCAAAAGAAAGUCACUUGUGAUGGAGAAGGCUUCUAUGAGGUCAUUGAAGUCAAUCCUAAGGACUCCUGCUGCCCUCUUUUCACUUGCAAAUGCAAUACAAGCUUGUGCACAUCUAAAGCCCCCAAGUGCUCACUGGGAUUUGAAGUUCAUUCUUAUAUUCCCAGUGGUCAGUGCUGUCCUGCAUACCAAUGUGUUCCCAAGGGGGUUUGCGUACAUGAGAAUGCUGAGUUCUUGCCCAACUCCUCAGUCUUUGUUGACAAGUGUCAGAAUUGUGUCUGCACAAAUGAUGUUAAUGUCAGCACUCAACUGAAUAUCAUCUCCUGUGAACAUGUCCCCUGCAACACAAAAUGUCAACCAGGAUAUGAACUUAAACCAGUGAAAGGUGAAUGCUGUGGAAAAUGUGUGCAGACCAAGUGUAUUAUACACACAGUAGAAAAUUCUGAACUCAUCUUGAGUCCUGGAGACUUUAAAAAUGAUCCUCACAACAACUGCACUAUUUAUAGCUGUGUAGAGAUUCAUGACCAGCUUGUCGCUUCGACAUCUGAGAUUACCUGUCCAGCAUUCAAUGAGGAGAGCUGCAAACCUGGAACUAUUUCAUUCUUACCUAACGGUUGUUGCAGAACCUGUGCCCCUCUGGAUAGUCGCACACCGUGCUCUGUGCGCCACAGAAGUGACUUUAUCGUCUACAAUGGCUGCCGCUCCGUGGACAGAGUUGACAUGACUGAAUGUGAAGGAACAUGUGGAACCUUCUCGCUAUACUCUGCUGAGGCCAAUUCCAUGGACCACAGCUGCUCCUGCUGCAGAGAAACAAGCACCACUGAGAAGCACGUGGUUCUGAAAUGCCCUGGUGGGCACUCAGUGUCACACAAGUACAUCUACGUGGACAGCUGCAGCUGUCAAGACACUGAAUGCCAGCCCACAGUCCAGUGA